CAUAGCUGCGCACUCUUUCUUGAGCAUUCUUUCCCUUCUUAUCUGUUCUAGGAUGGCAGCCACCGUCACAAUUGUUGGCAAUGCUUAUGUGUACCCAAGAGAGGGGUCCAAUAGUUUCGGUUCUAUUUCUGAAGCCGGGCUUGGAGCAUGGACAGAUGUCACUGGAUCUACCCGUGUCUACUUCUGGCCACAGAAAACUGGGUCGAUUUCUGUUUCAAUCAAGGCAAGAUCUGUUGACAAUACUAACACUUUGCGUUUAAGUCUCGAUGGUAGUGCCAGUGCUGCACACGACGUAGUCCUGCCCAAGUCCUCUAAUUUCCAAACUUAUACAGUAGGAACAUACACCAUUUCGAGCUCAAGGUAUCACUAUCUGGAGAUACGUGCAGUCACCAAAAACUCAAUCUACCUUCCUGAUGUGCAAGCACUGGUCAUCUCUGGUUCUGCUGCCGAAGGCCUCAAGUAUAACAAGAGCUCCUUCCGCGGUGCACCCUCAACGCAUCUUUCGUACAAAACAGAGGGUAUCGAGGGGGGUAUCACUUGGUUCUACACUGAAAUCUAUGUCAAGCAAGGCGAAGAUCCCCUUUACUCCUACUACAUGACGAAUGGUUUUGGAGAUGGCUACUUUGGUAUUCAGGUGAACUCACCGACUGAAAGGAGAGUAUUAUUUUCAAUAUGGAGCAACUAUGAUACUCAGAAACCAGAGGAGAUCCCCGAAGACUACAAAGUGAAGCUGGUGAAAAAAGGAAGUGAUGUGAUUUCAGGAGAAUUUGGUAACGAAGGGUCGGGUGCACAGAGCUACUUCAAAUACAUGUGGAAAACUGACACCGUUUACAGAUGCCUUGUCAAGGCUGAAGCUUCUGGUAGCGACAACACCAUAUUUUCAGGUUACUUCCAUAUGCCGGAGUCGGGCUGGAAGCUGAUAGCUCGAUGGAACAAACCAAAGACUGGAGCUCUCUUGUUGACAGGGCUUUAUUCCUUUGUGGAGAACUUUUCAAGCAAUGGAAACGACUACUUCAAGGCUCACUUUGGCAACCAGUGGGCUUAUGGUAAGGAUGGAUGGGUGCAGCUGACCAAGGCCGGAUUCACCACGACCGCCAGUGAAGAGAAGCAUCAGCGAUAUGAUUAUGGCGCUGGGGCAGAAGGCGUUUGGAUGUAUAUGUAUAGUGGUGGAUUUAAGCAGACGAACAAUGUGAAGGCUGGAGAUAUCAUACAAAGGAGCGGUGGUCCUAGUCCUGAUGUGGACUUGAAAAAAUUGGAUGCUCUCUAAAAACUAAAACACCACCGCAGUUAAAUAAAAAGAAAAUAACAACAGUUUAUUGUAUUACAUGCA